CCUCAGCCUGCAGAGGCGGGAAGAGGGUGCAGGCACUGGUGACGUCCAGUCAAGCCACCCGUUUGGACCGCCAGGACUAGGCUGGGGCUUGGGGGCAGGGGUAGGAGGAUGGACAUGGGGCCUCUGGGAGGUCCCUGGGAAGAGGAACCUCAGUAAGCCAGACCCCAGCAAGGAGCCGGGGACCCACACCCUUACGAACCACGAUGUGCCUGCAACUGGGAGGCCUGAGCUGCGGCGAUUACAAAAAGAUUUUGAUGAAGACGGGCCUGGUGCUUCUGGUCCUGGGGCACAUCAGUUUUAUCACCGCCGCCUUGCUGCACGGCACAGCCCUUCGCUUUGUCACAGACACCCACGAUGCCGUCUCACUGCAAUAUGCAGUCUCCAACAUCCUCGCCGUCACCUCAGCCAUCUUGAUCAUUGCCUGUGGGAUCUCAGUCAUUGUGCUGUCCAGAUACCUCUCCCUCACCUCCCUGCGAUGGACAGUGUUUGCUGCCAGCAUAGCCAGCGCUCUCUUCUCCCUGGUCUGCUCCCUUGGCCUCCUGGCAUCAAUUGCCAUCACCUUUGCCAACCAGGGCCGGUCACUGCUUGCCACCUGUUCCUUCGGUAACUCAGAGCUCCUCUACCUGACGCCGGACUGCCCCUUUGACCCCACCCGAAUCUAUAGCUCCACCCUGUGUCUCUGGGCCAUCUCCUUGGCCCUUUGUGUGGCUGAGAGUACUUUUGCUGUCCGCUCAGCCCAGCUCACUCACCAGCUGCUGGAACUGAGGCCCUGGUGGGGAAAGAGGAGUCAUCAAUUGGUCACAGAAAGCUCAAGCCUUUGUGAAGGCCGAGAUCUCCUCAGCUGCUCCAGCGUGGAGCCAGCACCCCUCUGAGAGAUGAAGGACUCAUCAGCUCCUGGGGCCCUGGAAUCCUGGCCCCCUGUCGACCUGGGCCCACAUCCCCCUGGGCAGACCUGUUAUCUCCUUUCUUUGAAGAAAUGAGGCAGGCCCUGAGAGCCUCCCCAGCCCAUCCCGUACCUGAAGCUUGUCUGAUCCCCAAGGCCACCACUCCCAGCCCCAGGCCACUCUGGCCCAGGGCGCGGCACUGAGACAAGACUUUAUUCUGAAGUUAUUAAAAAGAACAAAGUAA